GAGAGCAUCACAUACCAUCCGACCGUCUAAUCGAGAGCAUCUCAACACGCACAAAAAUCUCAUAAUGUCGACUAUCACCAAGCAGAAGAAGUGCAACAACAAUAUGUACAAGUCGAAAGUAUCACCCUCGCGUCGCCUGAAGAACCUCCUCAAGCCACUCCUGGGUCACGUCUUCCAUCUGAAGAAGGAGCUGCCCAAACGCAGCUCCUACAUUGCCUCCAUCGAGAAGGAGGCCGAGUUUGACUGGCUCAACAACGACAUGGACAAUAUGGCCAACGAGCAUCUGGAGAGCCGCCUCCUCGAGGAAAUCCGCCAGUGCGCCAAGGAGGAUGCAAUCAUCGUCUACAACCAGAACGGCUCUGGGGAACUGCAAACCAUGGACCAAGAGGACCACUAUGUUCCUGUUCACUUUGCCCGCACCAAUGCCGGCACCUUCUUCUGGACUUCGGUGCAGCCCCAAGACAGCGCGCCCUAUGCCAUCGAAUGGAACUUCCUCGAUCGGUGGGCCCAGGCGUGAAGCAUCAGCCAGUAGCUGGGACUACUUGAGCUUCUCUAACAUGGGUUCUUCAAAACUUUUAUUGGACAACUCUGCAACCAUCUGGUGCUAGGGCUCCAGCGGGAUGGACAGAUCAGAGUUUGGGCACUUCGACUUUGGUUCGUCGAUUUUGGGAUUACCAUUGGCACCGCUUUUUGGCAAUUUUCACUACAAAUGCCGAAAAAGCGUCUGGGUGACAACAUUUUUGAGGAGGUGAGGUGGAAACAAUUUUCUCCAUUUUUCUUGAGCAGAAAUGAGAAUCAAUUGUUAACAUUAUCGUUUGA